AUGAUGAAUCGUUCAAAAUUACCUUCAUCUUCUUGUUAUCAUCAACAAUGUUUUUUGUUAAAACCACCACCUGAAUUUAACCUGAAACCACCACCAACAAUAUCUCAUCUAUUAAUAACAACAUUAACAUGUCCAUAUGAAUUUAAUAGGAUUAUUUCUGCCAGUGUUAAUAUGGCAGAAAGACAACAACCAUCGUUCAUCGUCAUUUUAACUAUAGCUAUGGUAGCAUUAAUCACUGUUACAUCAACAUGUGUUGUCAUUUUUCUAUUAUGUAUAAGGUUACAAUGUUAUCGCAAAUUUCAUCGCCGUCGUAGCAAUAAUUCAUGGUCUUCAAAUGUUGUCAAAACAAAUACAAAUAAUCAAAAUUCAUUAUCAAGUGUCUUACCCAAUUAUGAUUGUGUAACUUCCACAAAUUCACGUUACCCCUCGUUACCGAUGACAACUGACUCUAAUCUUAGUUUACCUAAUAACGAUGAAAUAAAAGCAUUAGAUACAUAUAUACAACAUCAAACACCAUCGAUCCGUACAAAUAAUGUGUAUGAAGAGAUUGCAGCUGGUAUUGAUCCAACUCAUCCAUGUUGUACAUGUACUCUUAUGUGGAAGCAUCAUUGUUCAAAACCUCUAACAACAAAUUUACAUCAUUCGGGUGUACAUUUAUACUAUGCCUGUGAGCCACAACUAACGCCAAUUGUCUGUCAGACAUGUUUACUUGAAUCAACCGCGCAUAGAACUAAAACGUUAUUACAAAAACAGCAGACAGAUUGUCUAUGCACAUGCAAUCAACAAACAAUAAUGCAAAAUAAUUUCUUUAAACCAAUACAUGGUGCAAAUUGA